AUGGCGGCUUUUUUAUGGCUCGCUCUGGUGGCGAGCGUUUCGGCCGACAUCUAUAGCUGUGGCGGAUUUGUAAAGUCAAGUGUUCCUAUAGAUUACUCGAAAAUACAGGUGAAACUUCUCACUCCCGAAGGGCAUCUCAAACACGAAGAAGAAUGUAAUCCGCGGAAUGGCUAUUAUAUGAUCCCAGUUUAUAAUAAGGGCCAAUACUCAUUAAAAGUAUCUGCGCCAGAGGGGUGGUAUUUCGAACCGGAAACGGUCGACUUCAAACUUGAUGGUGUUAAUGAUCCGUGUACGAAGAAUGAAGAUAUCAAUUUUUCCCUGACAGGGUUUUCCAUCAGUGGAGUUGUGAACGGCGGUACCGGAAGCGGACCAGCUGGACUUUCACUGACUCUCAAACAAAAUGGGAAGGUCGUGGAUACCGCAACAACAGUUGAAGGAGGGAAGUACUCCUUCAAAGCAGUUGCAGGAAAGUAUGAAGUGUCCACAGGAGCGGAUUCUUCUGUGUGUAUCAGUCACGGAAAGGCUCUUGUAGAGGUUACAAAUUCGCCGGUUGUUGUGAAGCCGGAUCUCAGCAUAGCCGGUUACCAUUUCACAGCUACUGUCACUAACAAAGGAAAGCCAUUACCUAAUGUUCGCCUCACCUUAUAUUCAGAAGUGAAACCAGAACUUGCUGAAUGCAAAGCAGUACCGUCGCCGAUAAAAGGUGUUGAAACUGCUAAAUUUUCGUGUUCGAUCGGUUCAACAUCGGCUGAAGGUCGCGUUAUGGUGCCGUGCCUGCCGUCAGGAACUUACUUCAUCGUGGCCGAAUACAAAAGUGGUGAUACCGAGUUUCAAUUCAGCCCUUCAGUGCAGAAGCUGAUUGUCAAGGACCGUGCUACCACGGUUUCUUUCUCAGUCAGCGGAUUCACUGCUCGUGGACGAGUUGUUGUAGGAAAGAAAGGGAUAUCUGGUGCAGAAGUGAUCGUACAGGGCAAGAAGAUAACCGAAACUGAUGCAAACGGUUACUAUACGCUUCAAGCGCUUACGGAAGGACCAGUUGAGGUUACGGCACGUGCCCCUCACACUAAAUUCAGCACAGAAAAGAGCACACUCACCCUACCAAAUGUCAGCAUUCGAGAUGUGAUCGUUGAAGGAUUUGAUGUCUGCGGAAGUGUUGAGAAAACGGCCAGUGAGGCAAUUGCAACACCACUAAUACUGAAACGGGUAGAUAAUGCAGAGACCGUUUCGAUUCGACCAGGUGCUGAUGGAAAAUUCUGUAAAAUGGUUCCACCAGCAAAGUAUACUAUUUCGCCAGCUGAUUCCUCUUCUACAUUGACGCCACGAUCACUGGAUAUUGACUUAAGUGCAUCGUCAGUUCAUGAUUUACGCUUCACUCACUUCAAAACUGACGCAGUGGUGCUUGUUACGUGUAUAGGAACAUGUGAAACACUGUCGAUAUCUCUAUUGCACGGAAGUGAUGUUGUUAAUACUCUACGUGGAAAAGACGAGUUCGUCUUCAAGAAUAUUGGCCCCGGAAACUAUCGAGUUCGAAUUGACGAAGGUGACCGAGGUUGUUGGGAACAGCGAGAGCUGCCGCUGGUCAUCGAAAAAGUUCGUCCGCAACCUGUGCAUUUCGUACAGAGUGGCUUUGCUAGCAGUAUUAAGCUCAGUCAUCCAGCACAACUGAAAUGGUCCCAUAUCGAUAAGAAGCAACUUCGUGGAGAUGUUAAUGCGCCAGCCGGCUUGUCCUCUAUCUGUGUGCCAGUGCAGGGCCGAUAUCAUGUGCAACUAAUUUCCUGUAUGAAUUUCGAUCCACAACAAUUUGAUAUUAAUGGUAGGUUUCUUCACCUUCUUCCUUUUUCUUUUGCUAUGACUUCAACUGGGCUCUGGCAUCCGAUCAUGUUUAUGAAGGCGAAGGCUCUGGAUGCGAAAAUCAGUGGUGCCAUCAAGAGCACGGAUGGGAGUGGAUUUAUUGUCAAAGUGAAGUCUGGAGCUGGUGAGCGAGAUGUGUCUGUCGCCUCAAAUGGUGUAUUCUCAUUCCAUGAGCCUUUGACCUCGAAUGGAGAUGUGAUUAUCACACCUCACUCUGGCACCCAUCUAUUUGAUCCUUCAAGUUUCUCGUUGAGAUUUAGGGGAGAUUGUGCGGAAAAUGUGGUGAUGUUUACAGCUGUCAAGGGUAUAUUCAUUGAUGGAUCGAUUGUUCCGGCUGUUGCAGGCGUGAAAGUCACUGCUCAACACAGACAAGACGUAAGCGUCCACUUCCAAACGGUCUCUGAUGCGAAAGGAAAGUUCAGAGUUGGUCCAGUCCGUCGUGCAGAAGACAUGAAAAUCACUGCCGAACUCGACGGCUACGCGUUCGCUGAAAAGCCAGGGCAUGUCGGUCAUAUAAUGAGCACUAAACUUAGCAAAUUGACAGUAGUUGUGUCGGAUAAGGAAACCUCCGAGCGUCUAGAUGAUGUGCUGUUGUCGAUUGUUGGUGGAAAGGACUACCGAAGUAACAGUAUGAUCGACAAGACAGGGGAAAUCAACUUUGUUGGAUUGCCGUUUGAGGCACGGGUUGAUUAUCUUCGAGCAAUUUUGCAGAGUACGAAGUCUCGAACAUCAACGACACGGAACGGUGAAAGAAGGAGUCACAUGACACGUGAGCCUUCGCUGGGAAGGGUGGCUUUCAGCGUGUUCGGGCGUGUACGUGAGAUGUCUGGAUCGUCUGUGGUGGGAGCUGUGGUGGAAGCGCUGUCAGAACAAUGCGAUCAGCAUCAAUCGGAGGCUGUCACUGGUCAAGAUGGAUCCUACCGUAUACGUGCUCUGAGACCCGACUGUCAGUAUCGAGUGUCGAUCAAAGCUGGAGCUGAAGGUUCAGCUGUUCCUCACUGCUUCCCAUCACAGUUCGAUGUUAGAAUGACUGCUGAAGAUCUGAAGGGAUUGGAUAUGGUGGCAGCACCAUACGAUUCGAGCACGGAUUUAGCCGUUGAGUUGGAGUUCGGCUCGAUGCCAGUACCGCAAUCGUAUCGAGUGUCAGUGCAGCGCGACGGUGAGACCAUCUCACAGUCAGUGGUUCACGCUCCGGUUACGGUAUUCUACUUGAAUAAUUUGCCACGUGAUAGCAGAGAGUACUCUGUUCGUGUGGAGCCAGAUCGUCAACCGCAGGCAUUCCCGGCAAAGACAGUGUUCUUCACUACCGACGCACCGUUCGAGUAG